CCCUUGGCGCCCUCCUUCCCGACAUCCACUCCAUUUCCAAAAUGGCGCCAGCUAGGAAAAGUUCCCGCAAAACCGUGCAGGAGACCGUCACGACAACGGUGGUCCAGGCGCCCUCCACGCCCGUCUCACGGCGGGUCACCCCCGAGGACCUGCCCGCCAGUCCCCUGGGGGCCACCCCGAGGGGCGCCCUGCCCCAGGUCUACUCCACCCCGCACAAAAACUACGAUCUGACCGAGGAGGAUCUGAGUCGGAUCGCGGAAGAGGCGCAGUCGACCCUUCGGAACAGGGCUUCAUUGUACAACGCUGAGAAGACCGUGACCCGCCAGACACGGAGGCUGGUGACUCUUGUGAAGCCGACCACCCAGGGCCGUGCACGCCUGCUGUGGGCCAUCGCUUUCGUCCUACUGGCUCUACUGGUAGCAGGGGCUGUGCUGUACUGGAGGGGCUUCAUCUUUAACACAGUUACUCAAGAAAGCACGGUGGGCAAAGGAACCAAGCAGUGAAGACACACAGCUGUAAGACAUGCAGACAUCUUGGGGCCUCAGGUUAAGAAACAUCACCAACAAGGCAGCUCAACCUUCUCCAAGAACACAGUCGUAUGUUUACCUGUAUUCAAGACUCAAUACUGUAUUUUAGUAGCCUCCUAAACAGGCGUUUGGAGUCUGGCUUUUGUUUGGCAGUUUUUCUGAAGGCGUAUCACUGAUGAUAUCUGUUCUAUUGCACUCUGUUGUGUCAUAUUCAUAGUGCAAAAGAAAUGAUGCGCUAUCAGGAAAAGACUAUUUAGGCCAUUAAAAAGGCACACUCCUUUGAUAGUGUUUUAGCAGUUCUCAGGACUCUCACUUGAACCAUUCUUGUUCUGGUUGGAAAAUGUUACUUUUA